AUGAUGGCGGCGGCUUGGUUCUUUGGUAUACACAAAAUGAUAAGUGGCUCAAAAGCUCCGUUCCACACCGUGCACGGCUCCAAGCCUUGCUCAAUUGGUAGAAACAGCAACACCUGUCAAAAGGCGGGGGACAGCGCUGGCUUGGUGAACUCUGCGUCGACUAGAAUUUCGACGGCAGAAAUAGCGACCGUGGCGUCAGCGGAUGAUAUGCAGGUGGCAGACGGAGCCGGAUUCCAGGGGGGAAAAGCUGGGUGUUGGGUAGGAUCCGUGGGGAUGAGGUGCAAGGCGGUCGGGAUUUGGGUGAGGUUGAGGACGAGGUUAAGGUUGAAAGUUGCAAGGUGA